CUGGGGCCAGCGGUGCCAAGCACAGCUGGACCAGCGGCAGCAGCUGGGCGAGUGACAGCCCAGCUACGCGCGCGCGGCCGCCUCCAGAGCCGGCGCAAAGGGGCAGCGCGGCCCUGCGGUCCCCGGGCGGCAACAGCGGCCGCCUAGUCCCGCGCCUCUCCGGGCUUGCAGCCCCGCGGUCCCGCCGCCCCGGGGCCGCCACCUCUCGGGGCUCCCCCCAGUCCCCGCGCGCGCAAGAUGGCUGACCCGGCUGCGGGGCCGCCGCCGAGCGAGGGCGAGGAGAGCACGGUGCGCUUCGCCCGCAAAGGCGCCCUCCGGCAGAAGAACGUGCACGAGGUGAAGAACCACAAAUUCACCGCCCGCUUCUUCAAGCAGCCCACCUUCUGCAGCCACUGCACUGACUUCAUCUGGGGCUUCGGGAAGCAGGGAUUCCAGUGUCAAGUCUGCUGCUUUGUUGUACACAAGCGCUGUCAUGAAUUCGUCACCUUCUCCUGCCCUGGUGCGGACAAGGGCCCAGCCUCUGAUGACCCCCGGAGCAAACACAAGUUUAAGAUCCACACCUAUUCAAGCCCCACCUUCUGUGACCACUGCGGAUCACUGCUGUACGGACUCAUUCACCAGGGGAUGAAAUGCGACACCUGUAUGAUGAACGUCCACAAGCGCUGUGUGAUGAAUGUCCCCAGCCUCUGUGGCACUGACCACACGGAGCGCCGCGGCCGCAUCUACAUCCAGGCGCAUAUCGACAGGGAGGUUCUCAUCGUUGUUGUAAGAGAUGCUAAAAAUCUGGUACCUAUGGACCCCAAUGGCUUGUCAGAUCCCUACGUAAAACUGAAACUGAUCCCUGAUCCCAAAAGUGAGAGCAAGCAGAAGACCAAGACCAUCAAGUGCUCCCUCAACCCGGAGUGGAAUGAAACCUUCAGAUUUCAGCUGAAGGAAUCAGACAAAGACAGAAGACUGUCUGUAGAGAUCUGGGAUUGGGACCUGACCAGCAGGAAUGACUUCAUGGGAUCUCUGUCGUUUGGGAUUUCAGAACUACAGAAAGCCGGUGUGGAUGGCUGGUUCAAGUUACUAAGCCAGGAAGAAGGCGAGUACUUCAAUGUGCCGGUGCCACCAGAAGGAAGCGAGGGCAAUGAAGAGCUGCGGCAGAAGUUUGAGAGAGCCAAGAUUGGCCAGGGUACCAAGGCGCCAGAAGAAAAGACAGCUAACACUAUCUCCAAAUUUGACAACAAUGGCAACAGGGACCGGAUGAAAUUGACCGAUUUUAACUUCCUGAUGGUGCUGGGGAAAGGCAGCUUUGGCAAGGUCAUGCUCUCCGAGCGCAAGGGUACAGAUGAGCUCUAUGCCGUGAAGAUCCUGAAGAAGGAUGUGGUGAUCCAAGAUGACGACGUGGAGUGCACGAUGGUGGAGAAGCGGGUGCUGGCCCUGCCUGGGAAGCCCCCAUUCCUGACUCAGCUCCAUUCCUGCUUCCAGACCAUGGACCGCCUGUACUUUGUGAUGGAGUAUGUGAAUGGGGGGGACCUCAUGUACCACAUCCAGCAAGUUGGCCGUUUCAAGGAGCCCCAUGCUGUAUUUUACGCUGCAGAGAUCGCCAUCGGUCUGUUCUUCUUGCAGAGCAAGGGCAUCAUUUACCGUGACCUGAAACUUGACAAUGUGAUGCUGGAUUCUGAGGGGCACAUCAAAAUCGCUGACUUUGGCAUGUGUAAGGAGAACAUCUGGGAUGGGGUGACAACCAAGACGUUCUGUGGCACUCCAGACUACAUUGCCCCAGAGAUCAUUGCUUAUCAGCCCUACGGGAAGUCUGUGGACUGGUGGGCAUUUGGAGUCCUGCUGUAUGAAAUGUUGGCUGGCCAGGCACCUUUUGAAGGGGAGGAUGAGGACGAACUCUUCCAGUCAAUCAUGGAGCAUAACGUGGCGUAUCCCAAGUCCAUGUCCAAGGAAGCCGUGGCAAUCUGCAAAGGGCUAAUGACCAAACAUCCAGGCAAGCGCCUGGGUUGUGGGCCUGAAGGAGAACGAGACAUUAAGGAGCACGCGUUUUUCCGGUAUAUCGACUGGGAGAAACUCGAACGCAAGGAGAUUCAGCCACCUUACAAACCAAAAGCUUGUGGGCGAAACGCUGAAAACUUCGACCGGUUUUUCACCCGCCAUCCACCAGUCCUAACACCUCCUGACCAGGAAGUCAUCAGGAAUAUUGACCAAUCAGAAUUCGAAGGAUUUUCCUUUGUUAACUCUGAAUUUUUAAAACCUGAAGUCAAGAGCUAAGUAGAUCCGUAGACCUCCGUCCUUCAUUUCUGUCAUUCAAGUGCAACAGCUGUCAUGGUGACAUUUUUUCUUUUUCAUUGCCGAGUUACAUCCGUGUUUUCUUUUCUGAUGAGGCUAGAGUGGCCAUGUUUCAGAACCCAAAUGUCUUCAAGUAGUUUGGAGCAUCUCGAGGAGAUGAAAUUAUGCAGGUGGUAUGUAGAAAGUGCUGCAUAAUUGAGACACGCUCAGAGUCCUCCUACUAUGUGCAUCCCUAGCAUGCCGGCUGGCUCAUAGGUCCCCAGGGGAGAGAAAAUGCUUGCUUUCCUCCCUGGUCCCCUGCACCGCCAUCUUUACCCCCACCCUCCAGUCUACAUCCUCCCUACACAAUGGAUAGAUGAGCCAAAUGCUAGCAAUAUCCUUCCACUUUCCAGGCUGGGAGCUUGGCUUGAAUCCAAGUAUAUGGCUGCUUUGCCCUAGAGGGAAUCCCUCCACGCUGCCUGUUCUGGAGGCAGUAGAGCUUUGAAAAGAACAUGCUAAAAAUAAAUUUUAUUUUUAUUUUUUUUAACUCGAUGUUAAGAAGAUUAUCUAAGUCCUGGGGGGAAAAAAGGAAUGCGCUUUUAGACAAGUUUCCAUCUAAAAGCAGUUCCAGGGUCAAAAGGCAACCAGCUUGGGUGCUGUCACCUUGCUGUAGUCUCUAACACUGUAUGUCUGAUAGUGGUAUCCUCACCCCCAAACUACUCAAGAAUGACAUUUGGCACUGUUCCUGAAACCACAUGGUCACUCUAGCCAGGUCCCAAAGGACCCUGAUUCUACAUUACAUUUCAAAUGUUACUUGCUUUUUAUUUCUGUCAUCAUUGAAAUGCAAAAAAAGGGAAAAAAAAGAAAGAAAAAAAAAGAAAAAGAAAAAAAUACUCACUUUGUUACACGUGCUUUCAGAUCUGUGUCCAGAUGUUAAUUAACCGUAAUGGCCUCUGCUUUGUUCAACCAAGAAGAUGGCUAUGGAGCCCAGCAGACUUGUGCCCCUGGGGAGGGGAUUUGUCUAGUUGUCCCACUGGUAUUGGAGAAGUAAUUGUUUGCUCUGAGAAAGACACCAUCUCUCCAAACCAUGACGAGUGCAUUCUUCAGUAUGAUAUCAUUUUGCAAGAUGUUUGUGAGAAUGUUUAUCUGCACUUUGGUAUCUGUUCUGAUAUUUUUCUCCUAGCAUCAAGAUACAAAAGAAAGAAAGAAAGAAAGAAAGAAAGAAAGAAAGAAAGAAAGAAAGAAAGAAAGAAAGAAAGAAAGAAAGAAAGAAAAAGAGAGAAGAAAUUCUAUUUCAAAGAAAACUGUUCCCUUUGAAUAAUGAGGGACCUACAGAGUAGGGUCUAAAGAAGAAACUCAGGAGAAAGGGGCUAAAGCUGGAUCUUUAAUAGCCUCAGCAUUAACCAGCCCGAGAGUAGGGUCUGGAGACUGUUCAUGGAUGCCUGAUGUCCGGAAAUGGGGUAGGAUAGACAGGCUGGAGCUUCCCACACCAUCAGACUUCAGAGACCACGUUCCCAUCAGAAUCAGGCUAGGAACAUUCCCAAGGCCCUUAAGCUUCUCAUCAAAAUCACCACUCUUACAGAUGUUAGCAUCCUUGAGCAAGCAACUCAGUGAGCUCCCCGAAAGAAGUCCAAGCGAGCCCUUGGUACAGCAAAGACUUCAUUUCUCCCUGAACAGAUGGGCACAGCAGGUGGUCCCUUACCCUUGCCUACCUCUUAGCACCUUGCUCCUCGCAUACAGUCUUGAGGAGAAUUCUUUACACAGGUCAAAAGAUGUCUGGGUCCUCCAGUGCUUCUGAGAGAUCACACAGAAACUUCCAAAAGACCAGUGUCCUUGAAGUAUACCGUCUCAUCUUUAAGAAGACUAUGCCUUGGGGUUCUUCCAAGGCAAAGAUCCUUAUAGUUCAUUCUUUCCUGGCCUCUUAGCAACUCAGCUUUAAGCUUAGGUCAUGUCCUGCUAGAUUAUGUGAAGCAAACUUAUCCUGACAAUCUUAUGAUGUUAGCUACUGAAAGAGACCAGGGCAGUCCUGCUGUUAUUGGGGCAAUUGGCAUCUGAAGAACAGAAAUAAUUUUCUGCUUGGCUGAUCAGUGGUAAUACAAACACAAGUAUCCUGGCCAAUGACACAGGACUAUGUUCUGUAACAAAACAAACAUCUCUGAGUCACAUGUCCACUCCCAGGAAAGUUAUGUAGGGUCUUUCAUCUGGUCAGUUGGUCACAAGGCCUUGAACAUAUGCUCAGAACAAAAGCCACAGUGGGCCAUUGGCAAGUGAUAUGAGACAACCUUAGAAAACAGUGUAGGAAGGAAGGAUGGGCAGAUGAAUAGAUGGAUGGAUGGAUGGAUAGAUAGAUAGAUAGAUAGAUAGAUAGAUAGAUAGUAUAUAUAUAUAU